AUGAUGGAAAACAUUGAAAGUUGGGCUCGUACCGCCUACGGAUAUCGUGGAAUUCGCCUUGAUUAUAUCUUUCGUGAAAAUUCUGAAGUGCCAGUUGUUGGUGACCCUGGAUUCCUUCGAGCCGACGACGGCUCUCGCUCCAUCGAAGAAGAACUUGUCCGACGUGCUGCCCAUACUGGUGCUGUUUUCCGUCGCAACAACCAGAAAUUUUGGGUUAUGCUCCAUGCAGUCACACAUGAAACGGAUGCCUACAAUCAUGUUCGUCAAUUUGCUCCAAGUUUGAAUGGUCGCCUGCUUACUUCGCUCUGUUUGCACAAUAUCGUGGAAGGGAACAUUUCACUGUCCGUGUCCUUGCAACACUUCACUGGAACGGUAAAGCUCGAGGCUUCACUUGGAAUACUUUUAUCAGCGUUUACUCUGUGUCGACCAACUACGUGCCAACAGCGUGGUGGUAAAUGA